AUGUGCACCGCCCUCCACCCAUUUCGUUCCCAAUUAUUAAAGGAGCGAGAACUCGCGCCGCUGGCCACGGGAGGAGGCGUGGCCUUCACAGCCCGGGGUGGGGCCGCUCGGGCGGCGGAGGGGGCGUGGCCCUCAUGGCACUGUGGAGGCGUGGCAGCGACGCCACGGCGCAGGGGAGGGCGUGGGGCGGGCCCGAAUUUUGGGGGCCGGACGCUGGGGCUGGAACAAAGGCCUGGGCGGGAACAAAGGUCCGCGGCCCCCCAGCUCUGGAGGGGAACAAAAGGCACCCCUGGGCCAGAGAACGGACGCGCCAAAGCCGCCGCCACGUGCGCCCUCCCGGGGGCAGAGGGCGCGCAGCGUCCCCACCUCAGUCUGGACGCUGCCUUAGUGUGCGCGCACUUCAGGCGCCGUGCUGUGCGCGCGGGCCCUGCCGGCCCCCCCCGCACCCUCCAUGAAGCCCCCCGAGCCCGCCUCCAGGCCGGAGGGUACACUGAGGCAGGCCUUGUCCUCGUGCGCUGCGCUUCGGCCUCGGCCUCGGCGUCGUCGCCUGGAGCGGGCGGCGGCGAGGCACUGGAGCUGCUGGAGCAUUGCGGCGUGUGCCGGGAGCGCCUGCGGCCCGAGCGCGAGCCGCGCCUGCUGCCCUGCCUGCACUCAGCUUGCAGCGCCUGCCUCGGGCCCGCUGCACCCACCGCUUCCAACAGCUCGGGGGACGGCGGCGCGGCGGGGGACGGCGCCGUCACGGUGGACUGCCCCGUGUGCAAACAGCAGUGCUUCUUCAAAGACAUCGUGGAGAACUACUUCAUGCGUGACAGCGGCAGCAAGGCUGCCACCGACACCCAGGAUGCCAAUCAGUGCUGCACCAGCUGUGAGGAUAACGCACCAGCGACCAGCUACUGCGUGGAAUGCUCAGAACCGCUGUGUGAAACGUGUGUGGAGGCACACCAGCGGGUGAAGUACACCAAGGACCACACUGUGCGCUCCACUGGGCCGGCCAAGACGCGAGAUGGUGAGCGUACUGUGUACUGUAACGUACAUAAGCACGAGCCCCUCGUGUUGUUUUGUGAGAGCUGUGACACCCUCACCUGCCGAGACUGCCAGCUCAAUGCCCACAAGGACCACCAGUACCAGUUCCUGGAGGACGCAGUGAGGAACCAGCGCAAGCUCCUGGCCUCGUUGGUGAAGCGCCUCGGGGACAAACACGCAACGUUGCAGAAAAGCACCAAGGAGGUUCGCAGCUCGAUCCGCCAGGUGUCGGACGUACAGAAGCGUGUGCAGGUGGAUGUGAAGAUGGCUAUCUUGCAGAUCAUGAAGGAGCUGAACAAGCGGGGCCGUGUGUUAGUCAAUGAUGCCCAGAAGGUGACGGAGGGGCAGCAGGAGCGGCUGGAGCGGCAGCACUGGACCAUGACCAAGAUCCAGAAGCACCAGGAACACAUCCUGCGCUUCGCCUCGUGGGCCCUGGAGAGCGAUAACAACACAGCCCUGCUGCUCUCCAAGAAGCUGAUCUACUUCCAGCUGCACCGUGCCCUCAAGAUGAUAGUUGACCCGGUGGAGCCACAUGGCGAGAUGAAGUUCCAGUGGGACCUCAAUGCCUGGACCAAGAGUGCAGAGGCCUUUGGCAAGAUUGUGGCAGAGCGCCCAGGCACCAAUUCCACGGGCCCCACACCCAUGGCACCCCCGCGGGCCCCUGGCCCACUGAGCAAGCAGGGCCCCGGCAGCAGCCAGCCCAUGGAGGUACAGGAAGGCUAUGGCUUCGGGUCAGAGGAUCCUUAUUCGAGUGCAGAGCCUCAUGUGUCAGGGGUGAAGCGGUCCCGUUCUGGGGAGGGUGAGGUUAGUGGCCUCAUGCGCAAGGUGCCACGGGUAAGCCUUGAACGCCUGGACCUGGACCUCACGGCCGAUAGCCAGCCGCCUGUUUUCAAAGUGUUCCCAGGCAACACCACCGAGGACUACAAUCUCAUUGUCAUUGAGCGUGGUGGUGCCGCUGCGGCUGCCGGUCAGCCGGGGACUGCGCCCCCUGGGGCCCCUGGAGCCCCACCUCUGCCCGGCAUGGCCAUCGUCAAGGAGGAAGAGACAGAAGCAGCCAUUGGGGCUCCGCCUGCUGCUGCCGAAGGCCCUGAGACCAAGCCCGUGUUGAUGGCCCUUGCUGAGGGGCCUGGUGCGGAGGGCCCCCGCCUGGCCUCGCCCAGUGGCAGCACCAGCUCGGGCCUGGAGGUGGUGGCCCCUGAGGGUGCCUCAGCCCCAUCUGGUGGCCCAGGUACCUUGGAUGACAGUGCCACCAUCUGUCGUGUCUGCCAGAAGCCAGGUGACCUGGUCAUGUGCAACCAGUGCGAGUUCUGCUUCCACCUGGACUGCCACCUGCCGGCUUUGCAGGAUGUGCCAGGGGAAGAGUGGAGCUGCUCACUCUGCCACGUGCUCCCUGAUCUGAAGGAAGAGGACGGGAGCCUCAACCUAGAUGGGGCUGACACCACUGGUGUGGUGGCCAAGCUUUCACCAGUCAACCAGAGGAAGUGUGAGCGUGUUCUGCUGGCCCUGUUCUGCCACGAGCCAUGCCGCCCCCUGCACCAGCUGGCUACUGACUCCACCUUCUCCCUGGACCAGCCUGGUGGCACUCUGGACCUGACGCUGAUUCGUGCCCGACUCCAGGAAAAGCUGUCGCCUCCCUACAGCUCCCCGCAAGAGUUUGCCCAGGAUGUGGGCCGCAUGUUCAAGCAAUUCAACAAAUUGACAGAGGACAAGGCGGACGUGCAGUCCAUCAUCGGCCUACAGCGCUUUUUCGAGACACGCAUGAAUGAAGCCUUUGGCGACACCAAGUUCUCAGCCGUGCUGGUUGAGCCCCCACCGCUGAGCCUACCUGGUGCCGGCCUUGGGGCCCCGGAGCUGCCCGGUGGCCCCAGUGAUGGCCUCUGAGGCUGGUGUCCCCAUGGCCAGCCUGGUCUGGCUCUGCUCUCUGUCCUGUACCCCAGCCCCCUUGCCUCCUGGUGGCCUGGCUCCCACUCCCUGGUGGCCCUGUCCCCCAGCCCUUCACAAUAUGAUUUUUACUUCUGUGGAUUUAAUAAAAACUUCACCAGUU